UCGGAUUCAUUCACACCAGUGCUGCCACUCUUUCUGCGACGUCUCCCCAGGACACCACAAUGUCUUUGAGGAUUCUCAUGUUCCUGGCGGUGAUGAGUGCGGUCACCGGCAGUCCCAGUUCAACCGUCGCACCUGAGGCUACGUCACAGAACCAGACCGUAAAUCCAACCGGUGCAGCAGUGGACGGAGGAGUGAGUCCUGACUCUACCAACGAGAUCCAAGAGUCAGACCUGAACGAGCCCCAGGAGGAUGAGAUGGAAACCGGUGUGCUGAACCCCGAUCACUAUCCUGCCCGGAGAGCAGCCCGGGUGGUCCAACACUACCUCAACACCCGCUACGGCUCACCGUACAAGGUGUUCCACCUGGACACGGUCCACAGUGCCACUGCAGAGAACGUGACUGACUCUGGCAGAAAGUACCAGGUGGAAUUCUCAGUAAAGGAUAUGAUUAGCAAAAAAUCAGUGAAAUCCUCUGCAGAGGUGUUCUUUCCCAAGUUGGAUGAAGCGACAGAGAAGCAGCUGCAGGAGCUGUGGUACCAGCAGCAGCGGCUGCAGCAGCAGCACACACCUGUGGUCACAAUCUCAUGUCAGGAACCGUUGGCAAUUGAUACUAAAGCCCAAGAGGAGGCCUGGUACCAACAGAACAAGGUCAACCAAAGCCUGGUUUCACAGAAUUUACCAGACAGUCACGGUCACAUUGAACCUGGCAUGGAGCCUCUGUGGCACCUGGGCAUCGUGGCAUCCAGCUUCAUCAUGCUGAACCAGUCCACUGAAAACACUCUGUACAACAUGGCUCAGGUGGCCAACGUCACACAGCUGGAAACUGAGAACGAGCAGCUGAAGUUUGAAUAUGACAUACUGCUGCAUGACAUGGUGUCUCAGGAAAUCCCUCGUUGGAGAAUGCAGUUCACCUGGUCCCCUACAGAGGGAGUCAGAGUGCUGCAGAUGCAGCAUCUGCCUAAGUGCCAUAACUGUAAACUUCCUGAGACAAACUGAACUGCCAACUGUCCUCACGCUGCAGCAACAACCAAACUGUGUGUUUGUGAUGGGGUUCUUUUUUGUUUUUACCGACGUACAUCAGAGAAUAUGAUAAUAAAUGAUUACAUACUUCACCUGCGGUAUUGAAGUGUUUAAGAAAAUUCUGCCCAAAUAAAAUGUCAAUACCUGAAAUGUG